AUGGUAGCAACGAAUAUUUCUACAACUAGUCGUACGAGUGCUCCACAGGCAAUGGCACCAGCGGAGAAACCUGAAAAAUUCACGGGUAUUGAUUUUAAAAGAUUUACAUCUGAAGAAGCACCAGAACUGCCCGAAGAAACUUCGGACCAAGAGCAAUUUUUUGUUAUGGAGACGUGGAAACAUUCUGAUUUACUAUGCAGGAAUUACAUUCUAAGUGGCCUCCAAGAUAACCUAUACAACGUGUAUAGUGGAAUGAAGAUGUCAAAAAGAGUUGUGGAGUUUGGCUAUGAACGAGGUAUUUUUCAAGUCGCAACAAUAAUAGAGAAGUUGUUGCCUAUGUGGAAUGACUUCAAGAACUACUUGAAACAUAAACAAAAAAAGAUGAUAGUCGAAGAUCUCAUAGUGAGGCUGCACAUUGAAGAAGGCAACAAAGCCGCAGAAAGGAGGUCAAAAAAAAAUUCUGCAAUGCAUGGAGCAAACAUUGUAGAAGACGACCACCACAACUCGAAAAAAUGGUUGAAAGCUAGACAAGAAAGUAAUCAACCUAAGAAGAAAUUAAAGAGAAAAUGCUUUAAUUGUGGCGAGAUUAACCAUAAGUCAACAGAUUGUCGUGCCCUAAAGAAAGGCAAAAAGAAAGACCAAGCAAAUAUGGCUGAAUCCAAGAACGAAAUAGACAAUCUGUGUGUCAUGAUGUCUGAAUGUAGCUUGGUGGGAAAUAUUUGA